UAUGCUUAGUAUUAGAUUUGCAGUAAUACUUAUAAUAGUUUGUUAAAAAAUGAGUGAGAAGGCUGCAUCGUGGUCAGAGGAGGCCCAAAGGCGAGUGAAAGAGAAAAAAACUCAUGUCAGUUUCCCUCAGUUGAAAUACCCAUCGUUAAGGGAUGAUGGGCUUAGGGAUCCGGUGCAUUGGCUUGCUGGGAAGGUAAUGGACGAUGGUGCUGAAGGAUUGUGGCGGAUUCACGGCAAACUUUACGAUUUGACGAGUUUUAUAAAACGCCACCCCGGCGGAGAAGAAUGGCUCGAACUUACCAAAGGUACCGACAUUACUGAAGCUUUUGAAUCUCAUCACUUGAACCCAACCACAGAGAAAAUUCUUGCACAAUAUUAUAUAAGAGACGCCAAGACUCCCCGUAAUUCGCCUUUUACGUUCAAAGAAAAUGGUUUUUAUAAAACUCUAAAGAGAGCAGCUUAUGAAGAGCUAAAGAAAAUACCUAAGGAUGCAUCGAAAACAGCAGACAUUAUAACGGACGGUCUGUUUAUAUCGUUGCUAAUUAGUUCAGCGGUAGCCUGUUGGGUCCAGAAAAGCUUUGCGGUGAAAUUAUGGUACACUUUCGCAUCUUUCAACUUGGCCUUCCUGACGGUAGCUUGCCACAACUACAUACACAGGAAAACGAACUGGAAAAUGUAUUUGUUUAAUUUAAGCAUGUGGUCUUACAGAGAUUUCCGAGUAUCACACGUCUUGUCACAUCAUCUUUAUACAAAUACUCUUAUGGAUUUGGAGAUCAGCUCCUUAGAACCGUUUUUGUACUUCACACCUAGAAGGGAGAAACCGCUGCACGCCAAAUUGGGAUGCAUCACCGAGAUUUUUUUAUUUCCAUUUGGCUUUUUCAUGAGUUUCUUUAAAAGAUUCCUCUCUGUAUUCCUUCGUCAAGGGUUUUUCGGGAGACAUUAUCGUUGGCACGAUGCCAUAGGCCUGAUGCUCCCGAUUUGGAUGUGCGUGGCCAGUGGCGCCCCCAUGCUCGACGCGAUUUCGAUGUGGCUGUGGAUUAACUGUACCGGCAGUCUGAUUUUCUUCACGAUAGCUGUUAGCGCCGCUCAUCAUCAUCCCGAUGCUAUUAAAGAUGGGGAUCAGCCUGCAAGUGAGACUCCUGACUGGGGAAUGCAUCAAAUAGAAGCUGUCUUCGAUCGCAAGGACGUAAACAGCAACGUUUUCGCAGUCAUGACGUUAUUCGGCGACCACGCACUCCACCACUUGUUUCCAACUCUCGACCAUGGAUUACUCAAAUAUUUGCAUCCACUAUUCAUCCAGCACUGCGAAAAAUUCCAGGCAAAUUACAGAGUUUCCACUCAAUUCAAAAUGGUCGUCGGACAAAUAAAAGAAACAAUGCGUACUGAGUUCAAAAGCAUAAAAUAAAUCCACACCUAAUUUAACAGAAAAAUGAGGUUGUAAUUUUAAAUAAAAUUAAUGAGCCGUGAAACAAGCUUAUCAAAACAUUCGCAGUUAAUGUAACGUUUAGAUGAGAGCGCUGAUAACAUUCGUGGAACCUAAUAUUUAUUUUCUUAUUAAACACGUUUUUCAUAUUUGAGCUUUGUGUUUUGUUUUACAGCGUUAGUACUUUGGUAUUCUCAUAAAUCUCUCUUUCAUUUGUUUGAGUGGUUGAACAUCAAAACGAUGCUAC